AUGGUGGUUGCCGGAGGUCCUGAGCUGUCGCCAGUGCGCGCUGUCGUUGCGUCAGUGGUGAUCAAAAAAUCACAGGCGGUAUCUGCCUCGGCGACGGCUGCGAUGAAACCGCCAUUGCCGCCUGCCCCGAAGCCCGCGUCGUCAGCACCUGCGGUCCCUGUUCUCCCGAACCCGGCUCCCCCUGCUGCUGAUUCGCUCCCAGCUGCCGCCGCGACUCAGUCUGGUCCCGCUGCCCCUGUGGUUGCCCCUCACGCUCUCCCGCGUCAAGAGCCGGAACACGUGGCCUCCGCUGCUGUCGUUGCGCCACCAGCUGCCGCCGUCCCUGCUGCCCCUGCUGCUCUGGGCACCGAUCUGGCGCUGGCGGCGGUGUCCGCCACCACUGGCGGCCUUGCCCCGGCGGUGGAGUCUGUUGGGGAUGUUCAGUCGGCGCCUGCUGCGCCGCUGGGGGUUCAGUCCGGGCAGCCGUCACGCCCACAAUCUCCCGAUCGCCGCCCGUCACGUCCCCACUCGCCCUCCUCGCGAGACGAGCGUGAGACCUCAAGGCGUCGUGAGGAGUCUCCUCGUCGCCGCCAAUCCGGCGGGAACUGGCAUUCGUACCGGGGUGGGCGAGGGGGGGGCUGGCGAGGAGGUCACGGUCGUGGACGUGGCGGGGCGUUUGACGCGCCGGUGACGAUGGCGGACUUGCAACGGGUCGUAACUGCUGCGAUGCGCGAGGAGAGGGCAUCGCAGGCGAGCCAGCAGGUCCCUCGUGCAGCUGCCGCUCCUCCUCCUCUUGCACCCCCUGUGGCUGCACCGCCGGCAGUUGCCCCUCGUCCUCCUGCUCUCCCCGCUCCUUAUCCAUCCCUUCUGCCCGUUGAUCCUGCUCCCCAUGCUGCUUGUGCUGCGCAGCCGUUCCAUCCUCGGACGGCGCAGCUUUAUGGACACGCGGCUCUUUCCCGCGGUGUUGCUCUGGAUGGCGGCCCUCGGGACGAGUGCCUAGAUGCCGCUGAUCAGCUUGCCGAGCUCCUGGCGCCCGUGUUGGCUGCGCCCGCGAGGGGUGGAGUAGCGGGCGUUGGACAGCUUGGGUUGGCUGUCCGUGGUCUGCGGCGGUUUUUGUGCGCAGGGACUGCAGUCGACUUGAUCGGCGCAACCGCAGUGGUGGUGCGCGAGCUUCAUCGCUCGUUGACGGGCUUGCUUGCCGUCCUUGAUGCGGAUCAGAUGUAG